AUGGCUGGAAAAGGUGGAAAAGGGCUCGUGGCAGGGAAGACAAUGGCAGCUGCAGCAGCUAACAAGGACAAGGGCAAAAAACAGCCAGUGUCUCGUUCGGCUCGAGCUGGUCUUCAGUUUCCCGUGGGGAGAAUCCACCGCCAACUCAAGUCAAGAAGCAACGCGCACGGACGAGUUGGAGCCACAGCUGCUGUUUACUCGGCAGCCAUUCUUGAAUACCUUACGGCAGAGGUGCUUGAGCUGGCUGGAAAUGCCAGCAAGGAUUUGAAAGUGAAGAGGAUAACACCUAGGCACUUACAGCUGGCAAUCCGUGGGGAUGAAGAGCUCGACACACUCAUCAAAGGAACCAUUGCUGGUGGUGGGGUCAUUCCUCAUAUUCACAAGUCACUCAUCAACAAAACAACCAAGGAGUGA